CGCAAGUGCUGCGGGACGGUGCGCCGCACAUUUUUCUGAUCCCACUGAACGCACCGAUUCGCAUCGCGCCAGUCUCGCGCCCGCUAAACGGUUUUAAUGGUAGAUUUAAUUCGCACGGGCCGUUGAUUGUUAUCGUGGAGCGGUUUUAUGCGCCGUUUGGCGGACCGCUGCCGUCUUGUGUUGGCGGAUUUUUUUGUGUUGGUGACUCGUGCCGGCCCAGCCGAGGGGACCCGCCAUGGAUACAGAGAACCAGGUCCAACAAUACGGCGAGGUCAACCAACUGGGCGGCGUCUUCGUCAACGGCCGACCUCUCCCGAACGCAGUACGCCUGCGCAUCGUCGAACUGUCCCAAGUGGGCAUCCGCCCCUGCGACAUCUCCAGACAGCUGCGGGUAUCCCACGGAUGCGUUUCCAAGAUCCUAGCCCGCUACCACGAGACGGGCUCCAUCCUCCCCGGCGCCAUAGGCGGUUCCAAGCCCCGCGUCACCACCCCCAAAGUCGUCGCCUACAUCAAGGAGCUCAAACAGAAGGACCCCGGCAUCUUCGCCUGGGAGAUCCGCGACAGACUCCUGUCCGACGGUGUUUGUGACAAGUACAACGUGCCCUCGGUCAGUUCCAUAAGCAGGAUCCUCCGCAACAAGAUCGGGACUCUAGUGCACUCCCAGCCCCACGCCCAUUCCCUCUACAACGCCAUCUACCCCACCUACCCCUAUCCGCAGCAGAAGAUGUCGCCGUCGUCGCCACCCCAACGGCACGGGCCGCACUGCUGGCCGAGCUCGCACUCGGUGACGGACAUUCUGGCGGGGGUGCACGCCGCCGCUUUCAGGGGAUCGCACCCCAGCCCGCCCACGAGCUUACCGGCGGGGCCGUCGCCGCCGGUGGUGGACCACUCGUCCCAGAACUAUAAUUACUACAUGUACUUGCAGUCGGGGAACACGGCGGCCAUGCACAUGGUGAACGGCGGAAUGAGUCCGCACCCCCUCGCGGGUGGACAUAUUUAGGGUAGGGUUAAGCGGGGAACCGUGGGAACAGCGCGUAGUUUUUAUUUAUUCGUACGACGAGCUCGGUUCGGCAACGAUAAGUGAGGCCAAAGGGGAAAUGAAUAUAUUCGGACCCAAUUUUUCUGAAGCCCAGUUUCGGAUAGCUACAAAUGCUUUUCUAAUAACAAUUUGAGAUAUUUACCUCCAUAAAAGAUUAUAAGCCACGUGACUGUCGAACAUAACCAACAUUGCAUGAUUGGCACUGUCAACUAAAAAUCCCUUAACCUCAAUGUAGUGGUUCAAGGGGUUUGUGAUGUCGGGGGGUGGUGGAAUUGUUUUUCCACCGCGGCACUUAGGCCUUAUCAGGCCCCUUG